AUGACUGAGUACUUGAACAAUGUCAAAAUAUUGAAGGAAUUAAAUGAAAAAUAUUUAACUGACGCCCAGUUGAUAUCAAUUAAAUAUGAGCGACAGCAGUUGAAUGAAUACAAACAGUCGUUGACGAGACAAAAUGACUUGACGCAAAUUUGCGCGUUUACUAUUAGUAAGACCACUGCUAUAAUGGCGACAAGCAAAAAAUUAGAAAUUGAAAUACAGUCUAAAAGAAUAAAAGUAAUAUCACAAUUUACGUCAUUACUUAAUCGGUACGAUUCGGAAAUUGGAGAUAAAAAAAAUUAUUUAGAGGAAUUAAGAGCCGAACGUUUUGAUUUAGAAGAAAAUUUAAAAGAAAUUGAGGAGAUCAUUAACCAACAAUCAGUUAUUUAUGAUGAGUACAUGUACAAACGUCGUCAAGUUGAUGUAGACCGAAUGGAGGCGAUAAUAAAAAGUCACGCUGCUAGAACAAUUCAACGUUGGUGGAAAAAUAUUUUACAAAAACGUAAAAAGACCAAGAAGAAAAAGAAAAAGAAGAAGAAGAAACGUAAAAUUCUUUAA